AUGCGACCUAAAGGCGUGGCCACCUGCGCACUGGGACUAAUCGCGCAUACACAGACACACAGUAUGGAGAUCAGGAAGGACAAUAAACAAACCUUCUGUAUUCAGGAGAGGAACUCCAGUCUGGACCAAGAGGACCCAGAGCCUCCACAGGUUAAAGAGGAACAGGAGGAACCCUGCACCAGUCAGGAGGGAGAGCAGCUUGAACUGAAGCAGGAGACUGAGACCUUUGUGUUGACUCCUAGUUAUGAGGAAAGUGAUCACAAUAAAGAUCAGACUCUGAACAUGAGUAGCGAUGAAAAUCAGAGUGUGGUGGAAGAAACACCUCUAGGCUACACUUCAGUUGAAAGCUCUGUAGUACCGGAACCAAACGAGGACCACCAGCUCCUCUCACACAACUCUCAUGCAGAUAAAAGCCAAGAUCAGAAAGGAGGCGAGCAUGGAUCCUCUGAAUCCACUAGUGAUGCAGAGCCAAAACCGUUAUUCAAGUGCGACACAUGUGCGAAAGAAUUCAAGUUUAAGUCAAAUUUUUUCAGACAUCUGAGAACACACACAGGUGAGAACUUGAAGCCACAUUCUUGCAAAACAUGUGGAAACACUUUUCGACGGAAUAGUCAGUUGGUGGUCCACAUGAGAACGCACACAGGUGAGAACUUGAAGCCACAUUCUUGCAAAACAUGUGGAAAAGCUUUUCGACAAAAUUGUCACUUGGUGCGCCACAUGAGAACACACACAGGUGAGAAGCCACAUUCUUGCAACGUAUGUGGGAAACGAUUCCGUGAGAAAUCAACAUUGAAAGAUCACAUGCAGAUCCACACAGGUGAGAAGCCACAUUCUUGCAACGUAUGUGGGAAACGAUUCAGUAAGAAAUCAGCAGUGAACUUUCAUAUGAAAAUCCACACAGGUGAAAACAUGAAGCCACAUUCUUGCAAAACAUGUGGAAAGAGUUUUCCAUCUAAUAGUCACUUGGUGGCCCACAUGAGAACACACACAGGUGAGAAGCCACAUUCUUGCAACGUAUGUGGGAAACGAUUCAGUGAGAAAUCAACAUUGAAAGUUCAUAUGAAGAUCCACACAGGUGAGAUCUUGAAGCCACAUUCUUGCAAAACCUGUGGGAAAUGUUUUACCCGUAAUUUUGCCUUACUGCGUCACACGAGAAACGUCCACACCGUGGAGAAGCCGUUCAUCUGCAAAACCUGUGGGAAAUGUUUUAUCCGUAAUAGUGCCUUAUUGCGUCACACGAGAAACGUCCACACCGUAGAGAAGCCGUUCAUCUGCAAGACCUGCGGGAAGAGAUGCUUAUCGGCGUCUCAUUUGGCAAAGCAUGUAAGAUUGCAUACAGACAAGUUAUUUUGAAUUUGAAAAAUAUAUGGGAGACAAUUCAGUUCUUGAGUUCAUAGUUCUUAAAAAUGUUUGACCAAUUAGAUUUUUCUUUUGGUUUUAGAAUUUGUAUAUUCUCUAGUAAUAUGAGUGGAUUGUGAACGUUGUUGUUAGCGAGAGAAACCCUCUCUCUGUAUUGUCAUCUGUUGUCAUCAUUACAAUGAGACAACUAUUUUUUUAUCUACAAAGUAUCAUUUAUUUUAUGUUUGUAUGUAUUUUGUAAUCGUAUGAACUUGAUGAAAUUAUAGUUGUUUUUGAUUUUAAAGGCGGCACACAAACAAAUAUUGUAUAUGGAGUGCUACAUGGUGCUGUCACAAAUCAGCCAAAGCAAUAGUAAUAAAAAUUGAAUGAAUUGUAAUGAUCAGUGCUCAAAGGGAAGUGAACAAUAAAACGGUGUUUUUCGAUCUCA